AUGGCCCCCUCGGCACCACCAAUAUUCGCACGCACCCGCCCGGUCGCAACCACGCGCCAUCCCCCCCUGCCCCUGACUUCGGAGGGUGAUAGUGACUCAUCCUGUGUGUCUUUUCGGCCGGACUGCAGCGAUAGUGAUGAAUCAGACGCCGAUCAAGCACCAGAUUCGACAAUCCAGACUUCACCUAAGUCUUCACGGUCUUCCGAACAAUGCGAUGGAGUCUCCGGCAGCUCCAAACCCUCCGUGCGCGUCCCGGUCCGCUCUGGGGGCUUGCCAGAUUUUAGUGAUGAUCCAGAUGAUGACACUGAUAAGGACAUUGCAAACAUUCCUCUCGACUAUGGGCGUUCAGAGAAAACUAAGGUUCGCGGGGUUCGAAUUGAGCAACGCUGGCACAAGUAUUGUCGAGUGAAGGUCAAAACCCCUAAUGCGCUUUUGAAAUGGAACGAUCCGACAGAGGCUCUUCGACAGAUGACUCCUAAUGAUGUACAUCGGUUUCUCAACUACUGCCUGAAACUCAAGUAUGGCGAAGGUGGUAGACAUUUGAAGGGAACAACGAAAGCUAGCGCUCUCAAAGCUGAUUGGAAGACUUUCCGAGGCUAUUUUCGAAGAGUAACCCGUACUAGGAUCAGUCCUGAAGAUAGUGAAGAGAUAAAUGCGGGGAUUCGGAAACUGAUCGACAAGUUCAACCUCAACCAACAAGAGCGAGGCAAAGAACCGGUCUAUGUACAAGACUUGACCGAAUUGAAUGAGACCAUUCUUCGAACCCAGGAAAGGCGGUUUCAUUUUGGAUACGAGCGUAUUCAAAUGUGUCUCUUCAGCAUGCUUGGCAUUUACACCGUGAAUCGACUGAGUGCCCUGCUUUCGUUACAAUUGAAGCAUCUACAGUUCUCUAUACAGAAAGAUCCUCAGGGUGGCCCUCCUGUGCUUCUGGCGGAGAUCAGGUCAGAGCACACGAAGCAGUUCCUCGGGUCUGAAGCAAUCAAUACUUUUCCAUUCCCUGAAAUCAUUGACGGGCAAUGCCGACUCGAUCCGAUUUAA